GGCCGCACCGCCUGGGCGCGGGAUACCUGGGCGGCGCUAGCCGUGAGACCAGGCUCUGCCCCAGUCCCUCGGCCACCGUCCCUCCGCACCCCCACAGCCACCUAGCGCGCGAGGGCACUGUCCCGCAGCACCCGCCCCAGCAUCACUUUGCUCUGACGUCCGCCUUCCCAUCUCUGACGAUCACCCCCGCCGGUCGCCCUUAUAAAGGGGACUUUUGCCAAUACUGGGAUCGAUCACCACCUCGCCCGCGUCCAGCGCCCUCCACCCCAGCUCACACACCUGUCAACUCUGCGCCCGCCCAGGUUCUGGGAGACCAGGGGCUGGAACCCCGCUGCUUGGCCCUACUCCUCGCCCCUCCGCACCCCUGACCUCCGCCCCCGCGGUGCCUGGGCGGCGGCCCCGGGACAAGCCUCAGACCGCGGAGCGCCCAACCCCGCGGUGCCUGGGCGGCGGCCCCGAGACGAGCCCCAGACGGCGGAGCGCUUCCCGGCGCGGCAGCCACUCCAGAAAUCUUAAUGAAGUAGCUAGCUGUGGAAGAAUCUGGACCCCUAACUAAAAAUGACUUUCCAUGUGGAAGGACUGGUAGCUAUCAUCGUGUUCUACCUUCUAAUAUUGCUGGUUGGAAUAUGGGCAGCCUGGAGAACCAAAAACAGUGGCAGCUCAGAAGAGCGCAGCGAGGCCAUCAUAGUUGGUGGCCGAGACAUUGGUCUGCUGGUGGGUGGAUUUACCAUGACAGCCACCUGGGUCGGAGGAGGUUACAUCAACGGGACAGCUGAAGCAGUCUAUGUACCAGAUUAUGGUCUGGCUUGGGCUCAGGCACCAAUUGGAUAUUCUCUUAGUCUGAUUUUAGGUGGUUUGUUCUUUGCAAAGCCUAUGCGUUCCAAGGGAUAUGUGACCAUGUUAGACCCAUUUCAGCAAAUCUAUGGAAAACGCAUGGGUGGGCUCCUAUUUAUUCCUGCGCUAAUGGGAGAAAUGUUUUGGGCUGCUGCCAUUUUCUCUGCCUUAGGAGCCACCAUCAGCGUGAUCAUUAACGUCAACGUGCAAGCUUCUGUCAUUGUCUCCGCACUGAUCGCCACUCUGUACACGCUGGUGGGUGGUCUCUAUUCCGUGGCCUACACCGAUGUUGUUCAGCUUUUUUGCAUCUUCAUAGGCCUGUGGAUCAGCGUCCCUUUUGCCCUGUCACAUUCUGCAGUUACUGACAUUGGGUACACUGCUAUGCAUACCAAGUAUCAAAAGCCUUGGCUGGGGACCAUUGAAUCAUUUGAAGUCUACACUUGGCUUGAUAGUUUUCUGCUGUUGAUGCUGGGUGGAAUCCCAUGGCAAGCCUACUUCCAGAGGGUCCUCUCUUCAUCCUCAGCCACUUAUGCUCAGGUGCUGUCUUUCCUGGCAGCUUUUGGAUGCCUGGUGAUGGCUCUACCAGCCAUACUCAUUGGGGCCAUUGGAGCAUCAACAGACUGGAACCAGACUUCAUAUGGGCCUCUAGAUCCCAAAGACAACAAUGAAGCGGACAUGAUUUUACCAAUUGUUCUGAAGUACCUCUGCCCUGUGUACAUUUCUUUCUUUGGUCUUGGUGCAGUUUCUGCUGCUGUUAUGUCCUCAGCAGAUUCUUCCAUCUUGUCAGCAAGUUCCAUGUUUGCCCGGAACAUCUACCAGCUUUCAUUCAGACAAAAUGCAUCAGACAAGGAAAUCAUCUGGGUCAUGCGAAUCACGGUGUUUGUAUUUGGAGCGUCCGCCACAGCCAUGGCCUUACUCACGAAGACCGUGUACGGGCUCUGGUACCUCAGCUCAGACCUCGUUUACAUCAUCAUCUUCCCCCAGCUGCUCUGUGUGCUCUUCGUUAAGGGAACCAACACGUACGGGGCUGUGGCGGGUUACAUGUCUGGCCUUUUCUUGAGAAUCACCGGAGGGGAGCCAUAUCUGUACCUUCAGCCCUUGAUCUUUUACCCUGGCUACUACUCUGAUAAGAAUGGCAUAUACAAUCAGAGAUUCCCAUUUAAAACCCUCGCCAUGAUUACCUCGUUCUUAUCCAACAUUUGCAUUUCCUAUCUAGCCAAAUACCUAUUUGAAAGUGGAAGCUUGCCUCCCAAAUUAGAUGUGUUUGAUGCUGUUGUCGCAAGGCACAGUGAAGAAAACAUGGAUAAGACAAUUCUGGUCAAAAAUGAAAAUAUUAAAUUGGAUGAACUUGCCCCUGUGAAGCCCCGACAAAGCCUAACUCUCAGCUCCACGUUUACCAAUAAGGAGGCCUUCGUUGACAUCGACUCCAGCCCAGAGGGGUCUGGGACUGAAGAUAACGCGUAACAACCCCCAUCCAAAUUAAAUACUGCUUUCACAAACUGAGUACCACGGAAGGCUAGUCCGGGAGGGAUGGGUUGCAGCAUAUAAAAAAUAUACUUUAAAAGUGAACAGCAUUCAAGAGGACAAAAAUCCAUAUAGAAGUGCAAUUGCACAAAUGCAAGCCAAGCGAGAAGGAAGCAUCUGUAAAAGCAACAGCUUGCUUUCUCAUCAAUAUUUCUCAUCCUCACUUGAUUCUGACUCUAGUUAGUUUUCUUAAGUAUUCAAAAUUGAAUUAAGCCCCCCUCAAAGAACACAGGGCCAAACAGAGUAUUUAUCUUUAUUCUGAAAAAAAAAAAAAGUAUAUAAGAAAGAACCAAGGAAUCUAGGUGGACUUGAUCAAGACCCUGUCUGCUAAUGCACUAGUGGGUCUAGUUUAUUGUCACAGUGAAGUCAGGAGAGGAACUUGCCAUCACUCCAAUGAAUGGUGCAACAAAUUAACCACUGAUUGUCCUGAUGUGAUAAUUAAUUCCUUCUUUCACGUUCUUAACUAGAACAUUUGCUGAAUAUGCAAUUCGUUUCUCUUUUUGUAGUGGCAUGUAUUAUUCUGAGCACAGACAAAGCAAACACAUAAAAAAUAUUGUGUUGUGUCAUUUCUUUAGGUACAAGGUAAUAGAAAAGUAGAAUCCAUCUUUGUAGAAGAGCACUAUCUCCUUGGAGUGUGUCUAACAACUACCAUAUGCAUUGAGACAUGUACCUGGAGGAUGGAAGUCAUGAUAAUUCGGCAACCUGAAAGCAGUAAAUCAAGAAGGCCAUUAAGCAGAAAGUGACAGGAAGAAGAGUGGGUUUUUACCUUCAUCUGAAGCUUUUGUAGUUUUGCUUCAUGACAAAAGAAGUAAUGUCUUGGCUUCCUAUCUAACCUGGUACUGGCAGUAAAAUUGAGCCAUAUAGAAAGUGAGGUAGCAGCAUAGCACCAGUUAAAGUUAAUGAGAGAUAAACAGCACCUCCUGAUAACACUAAAAAAACAAAACUCACUUAAUUUUGGACAUUCAUUCAUGAGGAUGGUUUAGUGUCAAGAGAGUGACUCUGCGGCAAUUCUUGCAAAAGCCGGUCUUAGGUACUAGACAAAUCACCACUACGGAGAGUAGUGAAUUUUAAAAUGCAGAAGAAAGCAGAAAGUAAAAAUAAGUCCUAAGGGGGAAAAGCCAUCAAUUUUAACAUUUGGUGUCCACAUAACUUUCAUGAGGUUGGUCAUUAAAUAUUACUUUUCUCCUUU